UCCAACUACCUGAAAAAUGUGGUCCAAUAUUGGCGCGACACUUAUUUGCCCAAGUGGAGUGAGCGCGAAACUUUUCUCAAACAGUUCCCGCAUUAUGAGACACAGAUUCAGGGCUUACGUAUUCAUUACAUCCAUGUGAAGCCGAAAUCCACCGAAGGCAAGAAAGUGAUUCCUCUGCUGCUGAUCCAUGGCUGGCCAGGAUCGGUACGCGAAUUUUACAAAAUUAUUCCGCUGCUUACGAAACCGAACCCCAAGAGCGCCUACGUUUUCGAAGUGAUAGCACCUAGUUUACCUGGCUAUGGUUGGUCUCAGGGCGCCUCAAAGACUAACUUCGGUCCAGCUCAGAUGGCUGUGGUUUUGCGUAAUUUGAUGUUGCGUUUGGGACAUGACAAAUUUUUAAUACAAGGUGGCGAUUGGGGUUCCUUAAUCGGUUCGAAUAUAGCCACUCUGAGACCUCAGAAUGUACUGGGAUAUCAUUCGAAUAUGUGUGGUACAAAUCAUCAAAUGUCACAUUUCUUUAGAUUUUUACGCGUAUGGUUCCCAUUUUUCUUUGUAAAAAGCGAACAAAAAGUUUUCUUCAAACCUUUCGGCAAAGAGUUUACGUACAUCAUGGAAGAGUCCGGCUACUUCCAUAUUCAAGCAACUAAGCCAGAUACCAUUGGCACUACGCUCCUGCAGAAUCCUGUGGGUUUGGCUGCAUACAUCCUUGAGAAAUUCUCUACUUGGACCAACCCUGAAUACAAAAAACUUGAAGAUGGUGGUUUGACUAAACGUUUCACGCUGGAUGAGCUUUUGGAUAACAUAAUGAUCUACUAUACAACAAAGUCGAUAACCACAUCGCAGCGUUUGUAUUCCGAAGCAUUUAGCUUCGCUCAAAUGGAUUUGAAUGUGGAUGCUGUGCAUGUCAACCAGCCCACCGGCUGUGCUCGAUUUGUGCACGAUUUGAGACAUUCAACCGAUCUUGAGCUUUCAACUAAGUACAAGAAUCUCAUCCAUAGUACAUAUCACAAAGAUGGUGGUCACUUUGCAGCACUGGAGUUACCACAAAUACUUUACAAUGACUUUGUGGAGUUUGUCGAUAAAGCGCUAACCCAGAAGCUGGCCAAUUAAAGAAAAUGUCGUGAUUUGACAUUGAUAAGCAACCAAAUAAUUUCCAUAUCUUUUUUAUGAAUAUUUUUGCUAAUAAAUUUUUAAAUUUAUCG